AUGGCGAAGGAGUUUCUGCUGGAGAAUAAGCCGCUCCUAACAGAGAUUCUGUCAGCGGAACCCGACAAUAUUCUCCAGUAUGCCCAUUCGAAGAAAGUUGUGACGCAGCGUGAAUACAACACCCUCUCCCACCUGCAAUCCAGUCAUUCUCAAGAGAUUACAGUCAUCAAGCUACUGGACAUGCUGAUAAAUAGAGGGGAGGAGUACUGCUAUGGUUUUGUGGCCCUCCUGCAUAAUCCAGAGAUCACCGCAAACUUCCCCAGACUCAGAGAGCUGGACUGGGCCACCCUCAAAGACCCUAGUGCCCCUAACCCAUCCCCACCAAGCACCAGAGCAGGUACAGCCCUGCCCAUCUAAUCUAGUCUAGAAUGUUGUUGACUGUUGUGGAGCUUAUUGUGUCAACAUGGCGCCUAUUACAAUUCCAAAUCUCAAACUGAGUAUGCCUGACUCUGAAUAUCUAGGCUAUGCAUGUCUACUGCCUAGAUGUAUUUCUUCUUUAAGAUCCUGCAUUUUGUCCGUCCAACAGGCUCCAAAGUGGGGAAUCUUCAGGCAACAAGUGAGGCCUGCGGUUACAUCCACAAUGUUUCAGCGGUGAAGAGAGGGAAGAAGACAGGAUAUUUCAAUGCAGUUUUACAGCAAGAAGACGAGAGCAGGAAUAUUAUAGUUUUUCAGCAGCAGCUGCGAGACCGCUUUGCCACAGCAGAGAGUCGCAGGUAAGUUGGGUAUGAAGUGUUCUGCAAAGGCUUCGAGUGCUAUGUGAUUUAGAAUAUCUGUUAUUCAAAUGUAAUAAUGCACGCUUUUGUAGAACUCCAGUGAAGUUGGCGAAAGUGGGGCUCCAGCCAUCCAUAAGCGGAAACAACAAGAUGGAGAUCAUGUUUACAGACACAUCCACAUUUUCCAUCCUCGAAGAUUUACCCUUCAAAUUCAACAGCGACCUUGAUGGGAGGGUCAAGGAUGUGGCCCUGGCUGACCUUCAAGAAAACAUAGAAAAUGCUGUAAAACAGAAGGUAGUUAUAAUAAUAAUAAUAAUAAUAAUAAUAAUAAUAAUAAUAAUUCACUAGCAAUGAAGUACUAUGUCUGAACUCUAACCUUGUCUAGUUCAGUGCCCUGUAAUGUAUUUCUCCUGUUGGUGAGUGUUUUUCUUGCUUUGUAGGUGAACGUUACAGUGGAGGUGAUUCAGAAGCUGAAAGAGUGCCAUCGCAAAACAAGAGCCAACAAAAGCAUGCCCAUGGUGGAAUACCUAGUCGGCGAUAUUGUAGCUGAUUCGACUACACUCACAAACCUGACCGUGUGGGGUCGUAAAAACACGGUUGAAGAGGGGAAAUGGUACCGGGUCACCAAUGUUUCUGUUGCUCAGUAUGGGGGCAAAACCGUUCUGAACACAACAUCAGAAUCUACUCUGACCAAUGUGGCCAGUGGUAGGAAAUGCGAUGUGCCACACGACAUGGUACAGCCUGAGAAGUUUGUGGGGAAAAUCAUUGGACACUGGUUGUCCCAAGAGUACACUUGCCCACAAGGGCACCCACUGGAGAGGGUGGACACCACUGAAAAGAUGGUGACUUGUAAGAAGUGCCCUAUGACGUACAUACUAUCCAAGAUGGGAAGGAUAACUAGAGGGAAGCUCUCCUUACAAUCUGAUGAUCUGGUCCGAGAGUUCAGUGUAGAGGACAGUGUCAUCAGAAAUGUUCUGCGAGGAGGGUGGGAGGGGAGAGAGUCUGUGAAGGACAUUGAGGACGCGCUGGUCGAACUGCCACCAGUGACAAUCACUGCUCUCAAUGGUCAUGUGUUAACCAUUACAAGUCAGGAUGUCACCACACAGGACGAGAAGAGGAAUAUUACAGUGCAACAGCGCGUUUAG